UCGUUAGUAGACUUGUGUUGGCAGCGCGACAGUGCAUUGUUGGGAAAUGAGGCAAGAUGGCUGCUUCUAGUGAAGUAGUAUGAAAUGGUUACAUUUUUACAAUGUUUCUUUUAUAAUUUGUACAUUUUAAGCAACCAAUUAUUUAAAUGAAAACAAAGUGGUCGGUCUCCUGAAAAGAUAUUCACGCAGGUAGAUAGUAAGUGUAGUGUGUACAUAGUGCGUAUUUUAUAUUUAUAGGUAAUGAUAUAGUUAGUGAAGAAUAUAUAGUGAACGUAUAUAGUGUGCGGUUUAUAAGAGGAGAUAAGAGAGAACACAGAAGUUAUAUAUUUGUAUCUAUAUAUCUCUACAUAUACACACACGCACACCAAAACGCUAAAGCACACACAGCAGCCACAUAUUCAUUCAUAUAUAGAUAUAAAAUAUAUAUACACAUAUAUAAAACUAGCAAUAGAGGAGAAGAAGGGCAUUUCGUGUUGCUGUUGGAUUCUGGGGAAGGGCAGGGACUACGCGUUUCCUGGAUUCCGGUGGAGAAGGUCCGCCGUUGUCAUUUCCAAAGCGUGAAAUGCAGGCAAUGGACAAACUCCCGAAGGAUACAGAAUCAUUCAAGUCAGAAGAAAUUUGUUUCGUGUGCGGCAACAGGGGACACCCACAAUCGUUUUGGCUCCACAUCAAGCCGAUACCCAACAAACCACGUGAACCGUACUUUCCGUUCCUCGAGACCCACGAACCUCCGAACGGGUACAUCCCUAAAAGCGACUACGCCGUAUCCGCCUGCAACCUCUGCUACUCCCUGCUUCUGCAGCAAUGGGACGCCUACGAGAGGGCGUCUAGACCGCACGCGGAAAGGCUGUACUGGCUGAAGAGGGUCGACAAUGGACCCUACACCGGAGCGGACAUGGGCAUCCAAGGGGAAUACGCGGCCCAAGUUCUUGGUCUGAACAAUGAGAGCGGCGUCGUCACGGUACGACCGCCCAGCAGGAGGGACGAGGUCAAAUUCAAAGCAUCCCCGAGACCAUCUCAGGUAUCGACGACUGAGCGAGAAGAUCGCGAUGUACAGGAGGCCUUAGAUCUGCGAAACACAUGCACGAGUACGCGCAGUUCGCCGGUAAAUACAUCAGUUCCUGUUUUUCACAAUCAAAAUUCCAAUUCUUCAACGGGUACGGACAUCUUAGACCUGAGUAUGCCGGACAAGAAUUCCGUGACGGAGGUUUGCUACGUGUGCGGCGAUGAGUUCAAGCGCGGCAGCUUGAACUUCAUCGCCGCCAAACAACUGCCAGAGACGCCGGGAACGCCUUUCUACCCCAGCCUGAUGCUUCACCCCAGGCCGAGCCGUUCCAGACCGAUGGACUCCUCGGGUAAGGUGCAGGGCUGCACCGAGUGUCAGCAGCACCUGGUGAAGCAGUGGCACACCUACCAGACUCAAGGAAAGCCUCACUACGAACGCAACUAUACGCUUCGGAAGAGGCAGGCGCCCGCCAUCGACACCACCACCUUCAUAUGCUAUACCUGCGCCUUGGAGUAUCCUUCCAGUAGCAUACGGCUGCUCUAUUGCUGCCCGAACCCGGAGAAGGAGCCGUAUUUUCCAUUCAUCCAGACCUUAAAGCCUCCACCAGGAGCUAGUCCUAUUAGUCCGCAGGGCAUGGUUCAAGUGUGUUCAAUCUGUUAUAAGUCUAUACCGCAAAAACAUCAAGUGUUCGGUGGUGAUCCUAGUGCUUUAGUUAAUAACCACGUAUCCAUUAAUGAUGUGCAAUAUCACAACAGCAACUCGUCCAGGCCAAGUACUGUGAAAUCGCCAGCGAAUAGUGCAGGAUCUGAUAUUAGGUAUAAACCGUACGAGAUCAAUAAGUCUGCAAUCGUUACCAGCAAGAAGAAGCAAGCCGCCAAUGAACUACGACAAUUAGCUAGGGCGAGCACCUCUCAAAUAAGUACGAGAACUUCUUCGCCCGCCCCGGAAGCGAACGGGCAGAGUAUGGCCCCUCAGAACUACAGGUGCUACAUCUGUGCGGGUCUGUUUCUUCGGACCCAGAUGGAAUGGUUGAGCACUAGUCCCGAGGGCAUGAAUUCGCAUGCCAUGCACUUCCCCAUCCUGCGAACCGUCGCCAGGACUUCAGAGAACAGUUGCAUGGAUUCGCAUGGGCGUGUGCUCAGCUGCACCAAAUGCGUUAAUCAUUUGGCACAGCAAUGGGACACGCUGGAGGCAGAGCGAGUUCCACUCGAGAGACGAAGAUACGAUGUGCCGGCACCAGUCACCGAUCCGAAUGCUUCUAAUGGUGAUAGAUGCAUUCCAACGCCGCCUAGUACAAGCAGUGAACGUACAAUGGUUAGUAAUCCCUCGGGGAGUAGUAUAUACUGCUUCCUGUGCGGAUUACAUUCGGAAUUUACGUUAGCAAGAGUUGUUUAUAGUAGGCCUCAAGGUCGAAACGCGCCGUACUUUCCUGCUUUGCUAAAGCACAAGAGCCCUCCGAAUGCUGAACAACUGAGAGAGGAUGGCUCGGCGCUGGUCUGCACCUUUUGUUACCACACCUUAGUUAGCCAAUACAGAAGAUACGAGGGACAGGUGGCCUCCGCGCCUCCAGCUGAUCGUAGGGAAUACAACACACACGAUUACUGUUGCUAUGUGUGCGGCGUAACGACGUAUCGAAGACGAGUUCGAGCCUUAUUGAUAAAGGAUUUUCCUUUUCUGAAAUUCCAUCCUCAGCCGGAUAUGUCGUUGCUGCUUGAGAAUGGGGACUACUCGGUGGUGUGUUUAGACUGCUACGAGACGUUGCGCACCCAGAGCCUCGAAUACGAGCGCUGGGGUCUUCCGCUUGAUAAGAGACAGUACAACUGGAUAACGCAGCCGCCGCCACCAGAGGAUAGCCCCGAAGCGACCAUCGCGAGACUGCCCAGCGGACAAAGAAGUGAUAAAGUAGUGCCUCAGACGUUCGUUUCCAGACCGGCCAGGAAGAACAACUCCCCAAAGACUGCCGAUAGAAAACCGAUCAAUGCAUCUACCUCCAACAAACCUGAUCUUCCCGGUAUAGAUCUACGAUGCUCUAGCCUAGGUUCAUCUCAGAAUGCGAAAAUAGCGGGUUCUACAAAUGGCAGUGCGAAGCAGAGGACAACGACGGGACAUGCGGUCCCAGGUCCAGGACCCGGUGUUCAGGCUCAGGGCACGUCCCAUUCUUUUGCGGCCGCCUUGAGGAAUCUUGCGCAACAGUCGACUCCUGGGACCGUGGAACAUACCUCCACUUCCGGCAAUGACGCCCAUCGUGCUGCGCCCGCAGUUAACGACAAAUCCGGUAAAGUGUCCUCGGAGUUACCAAUGUACGGAGCGAGCAGCAGUUCGGCGGUGCGAUCCGCAGAUGCACGGCUCGCCAAUUCCUCGGCUGAGAGAUAUCAGCCUACUGAUUUGCGUAGCGGAUUUCAGCCCUAUCGACCAGAAGAUAGUUGUAGAAUUCCACAAAUGGCUGUACCUUUGGAUAUACCUGGAUAUCCGCCGUACGCGUACUCUCAUGUAUCUCUGAUGGACGAACAGAUGUAUUUCGAAAGGAUGGGACUUUUGCGACCGCAAUGGCCGCCAAUGGGCCAUGCCUAUCUACCGUACAUGUUACCAGGAGCAACGAUGCCGCUGUAUCUGCACGAACGGUACAAAUUGGAGGAAGAGCACAGAAGACUGGCGUCUCGCAAGGACGAGCACGUGGAGCGGGAGAUCCUGGAGAAGAGAGAACUGCUGCAACAUCAGAGGGAAAUGGAGCAGAGAGAGAAGGAAAGAGCUCUACGCGAUCGUGAGAAGGUCGCGAUGUCUCGCAUCUCUCCAGCGCAUCCCUCGGUCCAGUCACCCAUGAUGUUGCCGAUGGUACACGGAGGGGCGAUGCUUCCGCCCCCUAAGGACAUCUAUCCCAACCCGUACGGCCUAUCCAGUCGCCAAUCUCCGAUGAAUGCUUCCCUCCUUCCGCCGAGUCCGCAACCUUAUUCCACGAUACCACGAUCAAGUCCGCAGUCGCUCCAAAGACAUUCGCCACAUUCUAACAUUCAUAGCGCAUCGAUGUCCGGGAGUAACGCCUACUCGCUGAACCUGUCGCAGCCGCGCCAAUCGCCGAUCAUUCAGCCAUCGGGACCGCUCAUCAACAACUCACUGGCUCCGCCCACCAGCACAUCUCAGAGCAGGCAGUCCCCGAAACCGCCAACACCUAAACCUAGUCCCAAACCUAUUCCAUUGAAUAGCACGCCAAGCCCGAGUCCAAUAAACGCGGCAACGCCGACAUCGCCUUCUUCAUUGAGCGAGGUUUCGCCUGUCGUUACACCCAUCAUGCCUCCAACCUCGAGGCCAAACUCCACAAUCGAGGAAGUCUCGAGCGCAGCCAGGAAGCCUACUAUAAUAGAUAAAGAGUUACCUCAAUCCCAAAACAGUGCAAUGUCAAAUGAAAGUCCAUCUUGCAGCGGUAGUCAACAGAACAAGAGCAACAAUAGCAUGAAACCAUUAUCGCUUAAAAGCAAAUUAUACAGUAUUGAUGCACUUGUGAAUAGUGACAAUAAUAAGCAAGCAACUGCAAAGGACGAUCCGCAUGCAGAUGCAGAACAUCAACAACAGAAGCAGCAGCAAAACCGCUCCAUUGAUUACCAUCCACAAGAAAGUAUUCCAGUCAUGCAGCAGGGACACAAUGAAUUGUUGAUAUCGCAAGAAGACUUGUACAGAGUCUCGAAUAGUAAUGGUGCUUCCAAUAAUAAUAAUAAUGAUGAUGAUCAUCAUAACCAUGUUGAUGGAGUUGUCGAGGAUGAUGAUGUAGAUAAUGACAUUGACGAAGUUGAUAAAUAUGAUGAUGAAUCGCCGCUGCCCAUAACGAAUCAAAAUAAUAAUAAUAAUAGUAAUCUGAAUCAAAAGGUGGAAAUGAUGAUGUACAACAACACGGAUUUGAGCUCCGAAGUGAAACACGCCUGCACGCCACUGUUAGACGCAAUCGAGCAGACCCACAGCCCUCAACUGCCCAUCCCAUCCCCUAAUUAUCCGAUCCAAACGCAAAUCAACACAGAUUCCUUCAGCAACCCAUCGAAACAAGAGUGUAAAUCUGCUCCUAAAAUGCGUAGCGUAUCUACGCAAGUACCAAAUAACUAUGUUCCUACCAUAAUUAAUAAUUACAUAAAUACACCUCAUACUACUAGUCAAAUUGAGUUAAAAUACCCACAUUCCGCAAUGAGCAGCUCCCUUGCUAAUAAUAAUGAUCAAGAACAAUGUAACGAAGAGAGAAGAAGAAACACUGUUGUAAACAAUAACCGCAUAGACUAUAUCAAUAAUAAUAAUAAACAUAAGAAUAAUAACGAUAAUAUUAAUGUGAACUCCGACUAUGGGAUAAUUGUAAUUGAUAAUAGUGAAAAAAGAACGAGUUUUGAGAAUAUAUUAAGUGCCAACCAUAUUUUAAAUAUAAACGCGAUAAAUCAAAUAGUGAAUAAUAACGAAAUAACCUUUGAAGUCAUGCCGCAUGCGAAUCCCAACGGGACGAACACUGCUUUUACCGUACUUAAAGUUCCAAUGCCACCGAAGAAGAAGCAGAAAUUCAGCAAAAUCGAUUUGGCCACAAUCAAACGUAAAGUCAGAAGGCGGCGUCAGGAACGUCAACAGCAACGACACCUCCGCCAAUCGUCUUCGCCGAUUCCGCCACCGCCUCCUCCUUCUGCCAUAUCGCCACUCCCACUCCAUCGCAGCAAUAACGACAACCAACAACAAGAAGAGAAGACUAAUAAUACCGAAUCUGUGAUCAUGGACUGCGGGGUACCCGUCUACGGUUACUCCGACAGUUCAGCUACGAGCAACUGCAGUUCAGACUCUGAAAGCGACUGCUGUGACAUCGACACUUGGAUCAAGUCCGGUCCGCCCUCGAAAACGGUCAUCACUCCCGAUAAAUUGAGACUUCUACGAGCCAUCGGAUUAACCACACACGUAGGAAACAAUGUACUCGAGUUAAGUAAAUUAGAAAAAUCCAUAUGGAAACCGAAAGUCGACCUAAUCAUAACGGAAGAGAACUACGACAGUAUUCCAAUUGAUUUACCAGUGCCUUCUGAAUCACCAUCCAUUCUUAACUUUACGGAUGACUUCCCACACAAGAUGGGAUUCUUACAAUUACUAGGAUUAAAAACUGUGCAAAAGAAACACAGACACGAACUCGAAAACAACUGGAUGAAAGUCGUGGAGCAACGGCUCAAGCGAAAUUCGCUUCUCUCGUAUUCGAGGUAUUACAUCGAGUCGCACAGCAAGUUCAAGAAUUAUCACGAGGAUGAAAGCAAUUUCGAGAACAUAACUACGUUGGCGUGCCUGCAACCUCAUCAGUUGUUGUACCCCAGGGUAUCCGCGCAGAGGAGGUUCGACGAGUAUUAUCCGUCGCAGCAGGAUUACGUGUACAGCAGAGAGAUGCAUUCCAGUCUCGAGAACUUCUUAUUGGGAGAGGACAACAAUAAGCUUGCAACCGUCAGCACGAAUCCAUUUCAAUGGCCCGACAUCGAGCAGGCCAUGCUUUCCUAUCAAACCUACGCCAAUGAUAGGGAUAUGGAAAUAGCUUCGCUGCGGAAGAAGUGCGAGGAGGAGAAACGCAAGAUGUCCGAGCAUCGAGCGGCCGUCCGGACGAAUGCACACGCCGUGGAGAAUCUGCGUUGCAUCAGCAUGACGUGCAAGCAGAACAAGAUGCAUCUCAUCAAGAAGAUCGAUCAUUUGACCAAAAUUAUUAACGACUUCAAGUCAUAUAGGUAGCAUUUAUUCUCAUCCAAUUUCUACACUGCGUUGAGAGUGUGUGUGUACUGCUGCUACGUCUGUUUUCUGUGUGCGAGAUUUAUUUAUAUUUGCGAUUGGCUCAACAGAUAUUUUGUUUUCUUCGGAAUAUAAUAUUUUUUGUACGGGAAACAACGUCGUUUCCCCCCUUAGAGUUAUUUUAUACUCCUUACCAUAAUUCGAUGAAAGAAAAGAAAAACAACAUAAAGAUCUACACUGUUAUUAUUAUUAUUAUGAAUACUACUUCAACAAAUACUAUUACUAUUAUUACUAUUUCUGGGAUGUACAACAAACAAUCGAUUGCCUUAAUAUUUAAUUUAUCCUUUAUUUUAUAAACGC